AUGGUGAGCUGCGGCGGGGCCCAGCAGGGGCUGCCUGAGGUGUGGCGCAGCAUCAGCCCCACUGACGGCAUUGCGGUCCCCCCGCAGCGCAAGGGCGCCCUGGUGCCCCUGGAGCCAGCGCUGCUGUGGAAGGUGUCGCGGUCUGGCUUCCGCGGCGUCAUGCGGCUCCUGGACUGGUUCGAGGUGCCAGAUGGCUUCACACUGCUCAUGGAGCGUCCGCAGCGCUGUCAGGACCUCUGGUACUUCCUGCAUGAGCAGCGGUUCCUGACAGAGCCCGUGGCACAGGGGCUGCUCUGCCAGGUGCUGGAGGCCGUGCGGCGUUGCAGCAGCAGGGGUGCCCUGCACCACCACAUCAAGGCCAAGAACGUCUUCGUCAACCUGGCCACAGGCAAGGCAAAGCUCAUCGACUUCGGGUGCGGCACAAUCCUCCAGGACACGUUCUACACCUGGAUGUCAGGAACACCGGAGUACAGCCCACCAGAGUGGAUCCUCUUUGGCUGCUACCAUGGCCAGCCAGCCACCAUCUGGUCCCUGGGCAUCCUGCUCUAUGAGCUGGUCUGCAGGUACCUUCCUUUCCACACCAACGAGGACAUUGUCUGGGGCCAGCUCUUCUUCCUGCCCUGUCUCAAGAGUGCCAGCAGAGUGCCAGUGGUGUUUAUGAAUGGAGCCCACAGACAGGCCAUCACUGGAGGACCUUUUUGA